AUGAAUGACACACCCCUUCUGUUUCUUCUAUGCUAAAAUGAUAAGAUUCAAGUACUCCCAACCACUUCUUCUCUCAAUUCUCCUCCUUUUCAACUCAGUAUCCGCCAUUGAUUUCGUCUUCAAUGGCUUCAACUCCUCUGAUGUAUUGCUCUUCAGCGAUGCCACCAUUGAUUCUCGAGUUCUAUCCCUCACCCAUCACCAAACUUUCUCAAUUGGUCGUGCUCUCUACCGUGAAAGGAUCCCAACCAAGCACCCAAACUCUUCUUACGUAUACCCUUUCUCCACUUCUUUCAUCUUUUCCAUGGCACCUUUUGAGGAUACUCUUCCAGGUCAUGGCUUAGUUUUCAUCUUCACACCUGUUACGGGCAUACAAGGUACAAGUUCUGCUCAAAAUCUGGGUCUGUUUAACCUUACCAACAACGGAAAUCCCAGCAACCACGUGUUUGGUGUUGAGUUCGAUGUGUUCAUGAACCAAGAGUUCGAAGACAUGAACGCCAACCAUGUUGGGAUUGACUUAAACUCUCUCAAGUCUUUUGUCUCGCAUGAUGCUGGGUAUUGGCCAGAUGAUAGGAAAAGCGAAGGUGACGAGUCUUUUCAGGAAUCGAUGCUUAACGAUGGUGAAAAUUACCAAGUUUGGAUUGAUUAUGAAGAUUCUUUUAUUAAUGUUACUAUGGCACCGGUGGGUAUGAAAAGGCCUAGCAGGCCGUUAUUGAAUGUUUCUCUCAACUUAUCUGAAGUUUUUGUGGAUGAAAUGUUUGUUGGGUUUACUAGUGCCACAGGGCAAUUAGUUCAAAGUCACAAGAUUUUGGCUUGGAGUUUUAGCAAUACUAAUUUUUCGUUAAGUGAAGAACUCAUUACUACUGGGUUACCAUCUUUUGUUCUUCCAAAACGUUCAAUUUUCCAGUCCAAGGGGUUUGUUGCUGGAUUUACAGUGGGGAUUUUCUUUAUUAUUUGUCUCUUGGUUAUAUUGGCGAUGUUUUUGAUUCAGAGGAAGCGAAGGAGAGCAAGGAAGAGAGAGGAAAUGGAAGAUUGGGAAUUAGAGUAUUGGCCACACAGAAUGGCAUAUGAAGAAAUAGAGGCAUCAACAAAGGGGUUCUCUCAGGAAAAUGUGAUUGGAGUCGGUGGUAAUGGGAAAGUCUACAAGGGUGUUUUACGUGGAGGGGCAGAGAUUGCCGUGAAGCGCAUUUCUCAUGAAAAUGAUGGUAUGCGAGAAUUUCUUGCAGAAAUUUCAAGUCUUGGAAGAUUGAAGCAAAGGAAUUUGGUGGGGUUGAGAGGCUGGUGCAAGAAAGAUAUGGGGAAUUUCUUAUUAGUUUAUGAUUAUAUGGAAAAUGGGAGCUUAGACAAGAGGGUGUUUGAUUGUGAUGAGAGCAAGAUGUUAAAUUGUGAAGAUAGAAUAAAGAUUAUUAAGGAUGUGGCUUUUGCAGUCUUGUACUUGCAUGAGGGGUGGGAAGCCAAAGUAGUACAUAGGGACAUCAAGGCCAGCAAUGUCUUACUAGAUAAGGAUAUGAAUGGAAGGCUCGGAGAUUUUGGGUUAGCCAGAAUGCAAAGCCAUGGUCAAGUUUCUAGCACCACAAAAUUGGUUGGAACAGUGGGGUACAUGGCUCCUGAAGUGAUUAGGACUGGAAGAGCUUCAACUCAGACAGAUGUUUACAUGUUUGGUAUCUUGAUUUUAGAGGUCAUGUGUGGAAGGAGACCUCUAGAAGAAGGUAAACCACCUUUGGUUGAGUGGGUUUGGCAACUAAUGGUUCACGGGCAACUUGUGCAUGCACUUGAUGAAAGGCUAAGGUCAAAAGGAGAGUUCAGUGUGCAAGAAGUGGAAAGGGUACUGAACUUGGGUUUGUUGUGUGCCUACCCUGAACCAAAAGCCAGGCCAACAAUGAGACAAGUGGUGAAUAUUUUAGAGGGAAAGAACGAGGGUGAAGGGUCUGAAAUUGAGAAUUUGGAUACUUAUUUGCUCCAACAGUUGAAAUCAAGGGAUAUAUUGUCUGAGUAUUCCCAAUAUUUUAGCUAUGCAUCACACCCAACUUUUGAAGAUAUUCGUCACCUGUCCUCAAUGUCUCUCACUUGGUCCAAAUCUAUAGUUGAGGGUAGGUGAAUCUGUGUCAUGAAUGAAAAAAUGGGAUUUGUUCAUUGGCUCAUGGUUGUACAAAUAUUGGACUCAUUCUCUGGCACACAAGGAUUUGAAUUUGGAGCUACUAGGGUAUGUGAAGCCAAAGCGCACAUAUUAUCUAUUAUGUAAAAACGGCAAAGGAGCCUUCUGCUUGAUUUCACUUGUUGAAAUUC